AUGCCGGCCGUGGGGACGGCGAGGGACUGGGGGUUCGAGGAGACGGGCCAGCCAGAGGCGGCUGUGUCUCGGAGGAAUCGCUUUGCGCCACCUCGCUUCUUUGGUGGGAUACAAAAGGAGAAGAGGUGGUCAGUGGGUCAGAGACCCGCUGGACGUCCGCGGGGGGAACGCCGGGGUUCUCGGUCGGCUCCAGGGCCCGUGAAGUGUGGAGACACCAGCGUCUUCUUCCUCCGGGUUCCCGGCACAAAAUGGCUGCCGCCGCCCCAGCCCGCUUCGGUUACGUUACGGGCGGCCCGGCGCUGCGCAAUCUGCGGCCCUCGAAAAUACCUACGCCUAUUCCCAGAAACCAACUACACCCGAAGCUCGCUUGGAGAAACACUGGUCCGCGCGGCAGGCAGGCUACGGAAAAGUACGAAGGGUAUCUGGAGCAGGAACAGGGGAGACAGCAGCCGUGAUGUCUGCUUUCACCCAAGUGCCAAGAGACCGGGAGGAAGUGAGUGGCAUGCUAGCAGCCUUCGGUCAUGGACCUCCUCCGGAGCUGCAGGCGGGUCACAGCAGCCUCUCCGGAACGUAAACGAAUUCCUCUCUUUGCCCACUGUGGUGUUAAUUGCAGGCGGUCAAAGAAAUUAUUUAAGUACUCGAAGGACACUGGGCAUGGCAUUGACGCUGUGUUUAUGGGCUGCUAGUGUCUGACUGCCUAGAUCAACCAGACCCUCCCAUCUAUAAGAUAAAAUAAACCAGGAGACA